AUGCAGGUCCCGAGUAGAACCGUAGGAGCUUUUGGAUACUCUGUGCGUAAUUACGCACCGGCUCCACUUUACCCACCCGGCCAGUGCGCGCCGUCCUCCAAGCCAGCCGGCGGAAAGUCCUUCACCAUCGAGGCUCUUCUAGCCAAGCCGGAUGAGUCCACCUCGGGACGGGCGAGUCCACUUUCCUACGGGGUCAAGUUCCAGCCGGGUCUGCCUCAUCAUGUGACCUUUCCUCUGACGCCGGUUCCGUCCUACGUGUAUUCCGGCAACAUGUUGCCCCCCGAAUACUCCCUCUACUGCUGCCCCCCUUUCAGCUACCAGAGCUCGUACCGCGGAGCCUUUUACGCACAAGCUUCCGUGUCCAAAGUGAACGCCGGGGGUCUUCACUCUGCCUUCAAAGCCAAAGGGGGCAAGUCCAAGCGGAUGCGGACCAGCUUCACCAGCGAGCAGCUGUCCCGCCUGGAGAAGGAGUUCGCCCGGCAGCAGUACAUGGUGGGCUCCGAGAGGUUCCUCCUGGCCUCCGCCCUGCAGCUGACAGAAGCACAGGUCAAAGUGUGGUUCCAGAACCGCCGCAUCAAGUGGCGCAAACAGAGUCUGGAACAGCAGCAGGCCAAGCUGGCUAAACUGGGCCUGGCCGUCCCGCCCAAAAGCCCCGGCUCGCAAGGACAGGAUGAUGAGGAUGAGGAUGAGGAGGAGUUCUCGGACUCGGAUGUAGACGUGGACGUGUCCGACGACUCAGUCGAGCAUUGCUGA